AUGCCUUACGAUGACGAGAAACCACACGGCGUGGAAGGCAUCGAGGAUAUCGCCGAGCGCACCAGUACCGAAGAUGAAGAAUUCACUCCCGAACAGCAGAAGAAGAUCAUCCGGCGUAUCGACCUGCGCCUGGUGACUAUGACCGGUCUCGCAUACUGCAUCUCGCUCAUGGACCGGACCAACCUGAGCAUGGCUGCCAUCGCCGGUCUGAAGAAAGAAUUGGGAUUGAGUGUUGGCAAUCGCUACUCAAUCGUCGUCAUGAUGUUCUUCGUUCCAUAUGUCAUAUUCCAGCCGCCCAUGACAAUCAUCAUUCGAAAAGUCGGACCGACUUUAUUCUUGGGAACGAUUGUCAUUACAUGGGCUGUGAUCAUGAUUGGUACAGGAUUCGUCAAGAAUUGGGGACAACUAGUCGGCCUACGCGUUCUCCUCGGUAUCCUGGAAGCAGGUUAUUUCCCAGGCUGCGUCUACCUGCUCUCCUGCUGGUACACUCGCUAUGAUGUCCAAAAACGCUUCUCAGUCUUCUACCUAAUCGGCUGCGUUGCCUCCGCACUCUCCGGCAUCCUCGCCUUCGGCCUAAUGCAGCUCAACGGAACCCACGGCCUAGGAGGCUGGCGCUGGAUCUUCAUCCUCGAGGGAGUAAUCACGGGCUUCAUCGGCAUCCUCUGCUUCCUCUUCCUAGUCGACUUCCCGGACCGCGCACACAAAUCAUGGCAUUUCCUGUCCGAGCGUGAAUGCGCCUUUGUAGUCCGCCGCAUCAACAACGACCGCAAAGAUGGGAACCUCGAGGCUUUCUCCCUCAAGAAGUUCUUGCGCCCGGCUUUAGACCUUAAGAUCUGGGCUUUCGCUAUGAUUUUCUUCUGCCUUACCACGGUGACCUACGCUAUCGCCUACUUCCUCCCCAUCAUCCUCAUGGAGGGUAUGGGCUUCGGCGUCGGUGCAGCGCAAUGUCUCGUUGCACCGCCGUACGCAUUCGCUGGUAUCGUGAUGUUCUGCGGUGCGUGGAUCGGCGAUAAGUAUCGCGUGCGCGGCGUGAUCCUCGUUGGCAAUGCCCUGCUUUGCAUUAUCGGGUUGCCCAUGAUGGGCUUCGCCAAGGGAGAUGCGACGCGCUACGCGGGCGUCUUUUUGACUGUUGCGGGCGCUAAUGCGAAUAUUCCUUCUUGCAUGGCUUAUCAGGCGAAUAAUGUGCGCGGGCAGUGGACGCGCGCGUUUAGUUCGGCGACACUCGUUGGGUUUGGGGGCAUUGGGGGCAUUGUCAGUUCGUUGGUGUUCCGGGAGCAGGACGCGCCUGGGUAUCGACCGGGGAUGUACGCCGCGCUCGCGUGCAACAUUUUGAUCGUUCUCAUCGUGUGUGUUCUCAGUGUCUGGUUCUGGUACUGUAAUCGGCAGGCUGAGAAGGGGGAGCGCGUGAUUGAGGAUGAGCCGAGCUUCCGAUAUACUAUCUAG